AUGGCGAGCUCCAUCACCUCCACCCUCAGCAGGCUGAGCGUGAAAACCAAGCGUGUGCCUGGGCCCCCCCCGGGGCUGGGCCCGCACCCCUCCGCAGGGCCCCGCUUGCCCAGCGCCUGCCCACAGCUCCGUUCCGCUCCCUCUCCGGAGGCAGCACAAGGGGACUUCAGCUGUCUCCUACGGGGCUCCCCUGCUUCCCCCUUCCUUCAGCUUCCCCACUAUGACCAUCUUUGCCUUUGCAGCAAGGUGGCCUUCAUCCUUCCCUUUCAUCCCUCAACUCAUCCCAGCCCCGUGAGCGGGAGGAAAGGCCCACGGCAUGAGCCAGCAGGCUCCGGCAACACCCGUAGGAAACACCCGAGUUUGGCCGCGACAAACGCGAGUGGGACGAGGAGGGCCUGUACCGAAGGGCUCCCACCAAGGUGCCUCGGGGCUGGGCCUAGCGAAAUCAAAGGCAGAAGAGAAAAUCAAGUUUGGUAUUUGAAAAUAUCAAAACUAGCAUUGGCUUUUGCAAUUAUCCACUCAAAACCACCAGGGAAGAGUUGCAAAGAAUACACUGAGCACCUUGCCAAAACUGUAUCCGAACAAGAUUUUGGAUGGAAAUCGAAAGUUGAAGCACUGGAAGCUGAAGUUCUUCGAUUACGUCAGGAACUUCUUUUGAAUAAGAUCUGUCCGAGAUUCUGCUUGGAAAAGGGAAAACGAGAUGUCUCUGCUGAAACUCUUCUGGAUCAGGAAUGUAUAAAUCCUAUGAGUUAUUCAAGCCAGCUAGAAGACUCUGGGUGUGAUGUGUCCAAUGACUAUGCAUUCGAUUCUUUAGGCAUAGCUUCUGAUUUUCACCAGUCUGAGCAUGUCGACACUUCUAAACGUUGGUUGGAAAGAAUUCCCCCAUUGAAUCUUUGCUGUACUAGCAAGGAGGAAUCUCUGACUGCUCCAGUGCAGUUUUUGCAACAUCUGCUUGAAAUAAGAAAACUGUCAGAAGGAGGAAUUCUUCAAGCAGACUUCACAGAGCUUGAGAAUGACUCUUUCACAAUAUGCAAUUCAGUGUCCCAGUUGCUUGAUGGACUGACUGUUUUUUACAACAGUCCUAAAUUUCCAGUUUCUAAUUUUCUUACUGAAGCGGUUUGCGUUUUGAUCAGUUUAAUAACUGAUACUAAAUUAUCUAAUCAUGUUUUGAAGAAGUGUUUCAAGAAGCUGGAAGAAUUUAAGAAAAAUCUAAUUCAGAUUAUUUUAAAAAGCAGUGAUGUCAAUAGGUUUCAGGCACUGCAUGCUGUAUCACACACGUUGGUUUUGCUAGGAAGGAACAACAUACUAAGAAAUUCUUUAAUAUCUCUUCUGCUAUCAGAAGUACGUCAGUUUGCUGAGCAGCUGUUGCAAGCUCACCAGAUCCAGGCCAUGUAUGACAUUACCCAGUAUGAGAAUAUUUUUCCUUUGUGCAUGAUUCUGGAACAACUUCUUCAAAAUGAGACAGAAGAAAGUAGCAUUUCAAGCUCAGACUAUGAUGGAGAAGAAAAACACAAGUUUCUGAAGAACCUUGAUCAAAUUAUUCUUCACCUCUCAGAUGAAUUCCCUUUAUUUUCUUUAUAUUUAUGGAGAGUGAGUGUUCUUUUGAACUCAGCUCAAAUACAAAUUGAUUAA